AUUAGAUUAAAAUUAUUAUGUGCAAGUUCCGUAAUUACAAACCAUUAUCGGAACAUGGAUCAACGCAUUUUUCUUAGUUUGAACACACCUUUUUGACUUUAUUUCCACAAAUGCGAUUGGAAGAUUAAUGAGU